GAGUCCCUGCCUCGCCAAGCGCCGGACUUGGAGGCAGACAGACCUGGCUGCGAAUCCCGGCUCCGCCACUUUCUAGCGCUGUGACCUUGGUUUUCAGGUGGUGAAACUGACUGGUCUGGUUAGAGCGCAUCCAAGCCAAGCCGCAGUACUGUUUGGAUUUUUAAAUUUCUCCUGAGUGAGAAAAAUAGCAAUCGAGAUGGAGCCAUCCGCACAACAGCUCCAGCUGGCAGCAUCACCUCCCACCAAUUUAUCCAACUUCUGCCAAGGCUCUGAAAUGCCAACUAUGUCGAGGCCUGCACUUGAUGUCAAGGGUGGCACCUCACCUAUGAAGGAGGAUGCCAACCCAGAGAUGAGCUCUCUGGCCUACUCUAACCUGGCGGUGAAAGAUCGCAAAGCAGUGGCCAUCCUGCACUACCCCGGGGUAACCUCGAAUGGAACCAAGGCCAAUGGGGCUUCCGCUAGUUCCUCGGGAUCUCCAUCUCCAAUAAGCUCUCCUACUGCCGCCCCUCCCACUAAACCCCCACCCUUCAACCUGAACCCCGCCCCUCACCUGCUGGCCAGUAUGCAGCUGCAGAAACUUAAUAGCCAGUAUCAUGGGAUGGCCGCCGCCACUCCGGGCCAACCUGGGGAGGCAGGGCCCCUGCCAAACUGGGGCUUCGGGGCUCAGGCGGGAGGGGCGGGGUCACUCUCUCCUUCUGCUGGUGCCCAGAGCCCUGCCAUCAUCGAUUCAGACCCGGUGGAUGAGGAGGUGCUGAUGUCACUGGUGGUGGAACUGGGACUGGACCGAGCCAAUGAGCUUCCGGAGCUGUGGCUGGGACAGAAUGAGUUUGACUUCACUGCAGACUUUCCAUCUGGCUGCUGAUGCCAACUGUUCCUAAAGAUGGAGGAAUAAAGCCACCAAUUCUGUUGUAAAUAAAAAUAAAAGUUACUUACAAGAGAUGGGCCAA